CUCGUGGGGCUGGCGAGCAGAGCAGGGGAUGGCCCCUUCACAGCUUUACCCUGCGAGUCACCACCCUCGUGACUUUGCAAGCAAAAGGGCACCGCGAGCGGCAGCUUUGGCGCGGCAUUUCAGGGCUUCGUGGGAUUACUAAUUCACUGUGUUCCUGGAAGGGCUCCAGGCUUCCCAGCUCUGCCACCAGUGUACAAAUUCAUCCAGUACCCGCAAGGCUCGCAAUCCCCAGAGGCGAGAGCAGCCUGUAGGAAGGUGAUUCAUGUUACAAAUCGGUGCCUGCGAAGGUCCGGCGGGGCUCUGGGAAGACCGAACCGGUGUCCUCGUCCUUUCCACCUCCCUAACGCGCGGUCAGAGUGAUUAAGGCAGCAGCCGCACUCUGGAUGGAUUUCGUUGCUGGGGCAAUUGGAGAAGGACUCAGUGAGAGGCAGUUUUCCACAGGUGAGCCACCAGAUGUGCCCUGUAUCUCUGGCUGCCUGGCUCCCUGAAGGGCUCACCCAGCAAGUGGAUGGACUUGAUCUCUGUUUAAAUAACUCACAGGGACACAGCUCCAUCAUCYUCCAGCCUGAUUUCCUCUCAGAUGACUUUUCAGGUGGUCUAAGUGCAGCUGUGGGUCAUCCACUGGACACAGUGAAGGUGAGAAUUCAGACUGACAACCAUUACAGAGGAUUUUGGCACUGUGCUCAGGAAACAUACAGGACAGAAAAAGUCUGGGGAUUUUACAAAGGUGGGUCUGCAGCAGUCCUCGCUUUAUCAAUGGUUUCGUCUGUUUCCUUUGGCACAUACAAAAACAUCCUCUGUACCAUCUGCAAGCUGCGAUACGGGGCUGCAGAUGCCAAGCCGUCCAAGCUGGAUGUUUCCCUUGCUGGAGUCGCUGCCGGCGCUGCCCGGGCUCUGUUUACAAACCCCAGCGAAGUGGCUAAAGUUCGGAUGCAGACUCAGAAGAACCCUCACCCUUCCAUCACACAUCAGCCUGUUUCCAAGCCAAAGUACCGAGGCUCUCUGCACUGUCUGAAGGUUAUCAUCAAGGAGGAAGGUUUUGGGGGUCUCUACAAGGGCUGUUCUGCAUUACUCUGCAGGGAUUGCUCUGCUUCUGCAGUAUAUUUCCUUUCCUAUUCUGCUCUGUGYGACUGGGUCACACCAGCUGGCUCACAACCAGGUUUCCUUGUUGUUCUGUUUUCUGGAGGUUUUGCUGGAGCCCUGGCCUGGGCAUUUGCUACUCCCAUGGAUGUAAUCAAAUCCMGGAUGCAAGCAGAUGAAUUGGACCAGCACAAGUACAAAGGCCUGAUCCACUGUGUGAGGGAAAGUGUGAGAAAGGAGGGUGUAAAAGUGCUUUUCAAAGGACUGGGUUUAAACUGCCUUCGUGCCUUUCCCGUGAACAUGGUAGUAUUUGUAACAUAUGAAGGUGUACUGAGAUUUACAGAUCAUUAUAUAAACAAAAAAUAGUUUGUUCCACUCUGUCCAAAGUGUAUUUUAUUUAUUUGUCUGUAAGUCAAUAUCCACAAGCAGCUGUUGAAUUGAUGGGCAGCAUCAGAAGAAUGGACAUUUAGGCACAAAGCUGAUGAUUGAUGGUUUUGUUUUAUUCUUGUAGGAUUACAAACUCAUCAGGGAGCUUUGGCUUCAUAUAUAAUCUCCCUUUUAUCUCAUUGAAAUAUUUAGAUGGUAGCUGCUGCUCAGGCCCUUGAAACAUUUGUGAAUUUUUAUGUUCUAAUAAGCUGUUUGUCUGAUCAGGGGUUUUGGUAAAUCACAUCAUUUUGUUUUCUACUGGCACAAAAAAGAUCCUCACAACCAAAGGAAGAGCUGGGGGGAGCUUGUGUAAGAUUUAACACUCUCCAGCGCGCGCUCCUCGCAUGCAGCGCCUGCACCGCAUUCACCGAGUGUCUUACAUACUUGUGCUUCAGGCUGCAACUUCCCCUUCCCAGCAGUGAUUUUCCCAAAGCACUGUACAAUUAUAUCCCCUUGGCAGCAGCUGAGGCAGGAAUGUCCUUUCUUUUCGCCGUAGCUGUGUAAUGAGUGGCAGACAUGGCCUGUUUACAUAACUGCACUAAUGGUCUUGCUGCAGCCACGCCAGGCACGGGUUCCCGGCAGGCACGUGGUUUUCUCCCUACACAGCCCCAGCCUCUCCCGCAGGCCUGUGGAGCAGCGUCUCUCUGAGCUUGGCACAGCUUUGGAGGCAAUCUGUUCUCAUCCUGGAGCGAGGGUAGGAAUAGAUGCAAAGCCUCUUUGCUUCUCAAAGGAAAGGCUGCCAUAAAAUCUGUGUGCUGGCGGGGUUAGGCAAGUUAAAGGAYGGUUGCAGAGUUGUAGAGCUUAAUCAGGAUUUCCGACUUUUAAAAGUGCAUGCUCUUCUCUCUUUAAAUGGUGCUGUUAGGAGCMGCCAAAUGUAUUUUGGCAAAGGUGCAUUUUGAAAGAACUGACUUUCUUAUUACUUGUUUCUCAUCUUAUUACUUCUAUUUCAUUACUUUUAAUGAACAAGUCAGUUGAAAAACCAACGCCCAUGCUAYUGCUUCUGAAGGAAAGCCCCUAAAYGCAGAAAUGUCAGUUUGCUCAUCMUGCCUCAGGGGCCACAUAUAUGCUUCUGUUUUAAUCCCUGGAUUAUGAUACUUGAAGCAUUCUGGAUCCAGCCUCUGAGAUUCUGCUAAAAAUGCAUUUAUUGGAGGGGAACAGGAGUACUGUAUUUUAAGAGGAUCUCAUGUUCAGGACUCUUCUGGUCAGCAGCCGCUCUCUCCACUUGAUGGCAUGGCUUUGGCUACACUGACAGCAGUUUUGUGGCAGGMAGGACUUGUCAACUGUCUUGGACAUGCAGAAAAGCAAGAAAAUUAAAGAUUUCAGGUACUCCUAGACAAGAAUAAAGGGAACUUGUGUCCCAGACAGAGACUACUAAAAAGCUCCACAACUGUCCUCAUGAAAUCUAAGCCUUCAAWUGGCCUUUUAAAACACUUUCACAGCCAUGCUAUCAAAAAAGUAUGUUAAUUCUCUCAARGGUCUACCCAGCUCUUGCARCUGAUCCAAGAGCAGUGUUAAGAGACCAGGCUGGUGCACAGUACGUCACCUUAAGGGGAGUGAAAUGAAAGACCCARCAUGGAACUGGAUUCUCUCCAAAAUGCUUUUGGGCCCAACAAUCUACUACCCUGGUUACAGCUUUGGAUGUCAGCAUCAAACUUCCUUUAGUCAGGAAGUCCUUAAAUUAGAAGAUUUAAUUAAGUCCUUGAGAUCUGGAAUUCCUCUUAAGAUAGCUCUCAAGAAUCUACUGCCCUCAUAUCUUUCUAACCAGGGAUGCAUUUAACUGGGCAGAUUUAUCUGUGCUCUGCCUGGAUGUUUGGAAUCAUAUCCUCUAUGCCAUGUUAUUCUCAGCUGACCUCGUUCUCAGGCAUUACAUCCUCUGACAGUGAAAGAAUGCCUGCAGAACUAACAAAAGACUAAACAACCAUUUAUUGUUAGGCAGCACCGAUACCAUCCAUGGUCAGCCCAAGGGUUGAAUAUUAAAUUUUUCCCAGUAUGCUAACACUCAGAAAAUUAAAAAUGUCUCCUCCUGUAGGUAUAACUGAAAUACAGCAGAUUUCAAGGGAGAGGAAUUACAGAGGAAUUGUAAAUAUGAGUGAGAAUAACUGCAGAACCCAGUGCAAGGAGCUGAGACCUCUAAGUCUCGAGGUACCCGGCACCAUGUAUUAGAAGGCUCUCACAGGCUCUGAACAAAUACUACAUGAAAAGCAAAUAUUAUCUCCAGGAAGCUUAUUUCAGGAAGGUAAGGGAUUUGCAAUCUACAGGGAAAAACAUCCACAAGGUGUGUGGGWGACAACCUGCCUUAGAGGAAGAGC